AUGUUGACCCGUCUCUUAGCUUUGGCGACAGUAGCCCCUGGAUUGGUAGUCUAUGGGAAAGCCCCCGGGCGUGGUGCUUGUACACUUGAAGAGUUGUACGAACCAUGGGUUUCGCCCGCCACUGAAAUCGCUUCUUCAACAGAAGCCAACUUUUCCACCGUUAUUGGACCACGGUGGUCGGCUUGGGAAGCUCCGCGUUGGUCUGGUGCAAUCAAGCCAGCAACGGAGGCAGACCUUCAGAAAAUAGUCAAAAUCUCUGUAGAAAACAAUAUCCCAUUCAUUGCUACCAAUGGCGGCCAUGGCCCGAAAAAAGGCCAAGGCUCAUUUACUGGUAUCAAUGUGAAUCUCGCCAGUUUUAAUACUGUCAAAAUUGAUACCACCAACAAUUUGGUGACCGUCGGAGCUGGCGUCAAACUAUGGGACGUUCAGACAGGAUUGUACAAUGUGGGCAAAGAAAUCCAAACUGGUAAUUCGAUCUGCCCGGGUGCUAUCGGGGUGACCAUAGGUGCCGGUGUUGGCAUGAUGACGGGCAUGUACGGCCUCAUGAUCGACACCCUUAAAUCCGUCCGAAUGGUGACUGCAAAGGGUCAAUUAGUGAAAGCUUCGGCGAUGGAAAAUAGGGAUUUAUUCUGGGCUAUCCGAGGAGCUGGCGUCAACUUUGGCAUCGUCACAGAGGCAACCUACGGAAUUCACGACCAGACAAACGAAGGUAACGUAACGGCAGUCACUUUUGUGUACGCUGCGGCCUCUAAUCGUACACUCUGGAGGACUAUGAAGACAUUUGAUGGCAAUCAGCCGGCCAAACUGUCGUUCCAAACUGUCAUCCAGUUCAACCGGGCUUCCAACGCAACGAAUAUAGUUGUACAGCUCUGGUACUUUGGACCCGUAUCAGAGGCGCAGCCAUACAUUGACAAGUUUGUUGCCGUGGGUCCAGUUGUCCAAUCUGUAACGUAUCUUCCCCAGACCGACCUGUAUUAUCAAUCCGAGACAGCUGGAGUGUGUGACAGGGGACAUAUCAUCAGUGCUCAUAGCUUAGGCUUUAAUCAGACAGAUGUCGCGAGCUAUGAGGCUCACUUUGCUGAUAUGGCGGCCUUUUACAUCUCAAAUCCUUCUUUCGCGGGGAUAUCAGUUUUUCAAUAUUACAGUAACAAGAAAACUCUCCAGACACCAGCCUCUGAGACCGUCUUUCCGUGGCGAGAUAUCCAAAUUUGGUGGCUGACGCAAAACCAAUACACUGAUGCCUCUCUCGGGCCCCAAGUGGAUCGAUUCAUGAGAGGGCAACGCACAAACCUGCAAAUCACCAGCGGCUUCCCUACGCCUCAUGUCUACUUCAACUAUGCCUUUGGAGACGAAGGUGCAGCCGCCUGGUACUCUGCCGCCAAUUUGCCAAAACUUCGAAAGCUUAAAGCUAUCUGGGAUCCCAACUUUGUGUUUGGAAAUGGUGCACCUCUUUACUGA